CACACACACAAAAGCACAUUAUGCUGGGUGCCGUAGAGUGGGCGCUAGUGGCGGAUCACUUGCUGAACGGUGGUGCCUGGACAAUUGGGGUUUCGCCAGAGAAGCGGGAUCAACUGCGCGACGUCCUCAACCUCAUGCUGACGUGCCGCUCGCUGUACCACAACCUCCCGUGGGCCAUGCCAAAGUGGCGGGCGGCGCGUGGGUUCCUGUGCAGGUUUGUUCCACACUGGCUCGAUACAUUUCAACAGGACGGCGCCGACGCUGAUGCUGCUGCUGCUGCUGCUGCUUCGCAGUGGCUGCUGAACCGCUUUCUGGUGUAUUCCUGGCUCGGGUUCACGUGGGAGAGCACAUGCCCCUUUAUCAUCAAACUACGCCAAGGCGAGGCACGCCACAACUUGAAACAUCCGCUUCGAGCCGACUUUCAACGAUAUGUGCGCAUCAACUUUGACUCUUUGGAGCAGCUCCAAUCGUGGCUUGAUGAUGGGGAGUUGAGGGAGACGGUGAAGAUGAAGAUGGAGGAGGAGGAGGAGGAGGAGGAAGAGGAGGAGGAGGAGGAGGAGGAGGGUGAGGGUGAUGAAGGUGGCGAGGAGAAGGAGGAGCAAGAUGAAGCGGAGGAAACGGGUGAGAAGAAGACAAAGUCUGGGUCACAGCAGCAGCAGCAACAACAACGGCAGCAACAACAGCAACAGCAGCAGCAGCAGCAGCAACACGACGCCAAAUCUGUGGCGCCUGCGCCUGUGCCGCUUGUGUUCCGCCCGGCCAUGGUGCGGGUGCGUGCAGUGAUGAAGACUCGAGAAGACGUCGCCAGCUUUGAGCGGGCAAUGAGCGCUCUUGGCAAUCCUGAGGGGGACAGGAUCCAUCUGACGAUUGCCACGCCAGUGCACCGGCUGUGCAUCAGCAACGUGGAUGAGCUGGAGCUGGAGACGGAUGACGACAAGCCCGAUGCAGUCAUUGGUACGGUGGACUUGCAUAACAUCAACAAGGUCACCUGGCACCCGGCACGCCACCAGCGGGCCAUUCACGGAGACAUACGCAACGUGCAGCAGGUGUACGUGAUGAACUCACCACGCGCUUCAACCCUGAUCAGCGACAUCAGCGGCCUGACACACGUGCCGUCCGUAGGCCUCUACUGGCUCGAGCACCUGUCAGAUCUCUCUCCGCUCCAGCACGCGCACUCCCUCAGGCUCAGCGACCUGUCCAUCACCAGCCUCGCUGCCGUGUGCAACGUCCCCAAACUCGACGUUAGCAUGUGCAGAAACCUGCGACUGCAGAACGAGGUUGUGUACAGCAAGUCGAUCCACCUUAGUAACGCGUCCAACGCCGUUGGGCCCCUUCACCUGCCGCACGCGGACUCGGUGUGGCUGACGUGCUGCCAGCGCCUCGCGCGCGUCAUCUGCAAGAAGCGCGUGCAUGACUGGUCCGUGUACCACUGCCCUGGCCUCCGCUUGGUGCCAAAGUUCCACCACGUGGCCCACCUCAGCCUGGACGCACGUGUCCAGCGCGAGUGCCUCGUGCACCUGACGCACCGCACAGAUGCACUGGACCUCAAGUGCGCAUCGUCAGAACGGGCGUUGGCGUGGCUUAAUGAUGUGGCCGACGCAACCACCAAGAUCAGCCUGCGCACGGACAGGGUGCUUGAGCCCACAACCACGCUGCCGCCCUGCCUUGACCACCUGGACACGGAGGUGAAAGACAGCGCCGCGCUGGUGCACAUGCGCAACGUUCGCAGCCUGCACAUUCGCCCCAAGUUGUUGAUGAAAGAGAUUGACGUGAGCCCGCUCACUAACGUCGUUGACCUCCACAUACAAGCCACCGCUACCGCCGUGUCGCCGAUCGGCCUACACGCGCUGCGCAACUUGCAAACAGUGAACCUCUACACCUGCCGUCUCACAGACGACCAUGCCCUGGUGUCGUCCCCGCCAGACAGGCCCCUGAAAAAGCUGGUUCUGCACGAGUGCACGGGCACCGCGGUUGUGCGCAACGUCGUGUCGUUCAUCAUGAUUCGUGGUGGUGUUCGCCUCACCCAACUCUCGGACGUUACCAGGGUCAGGAUUGACACGCUCAAGCCCCUGCGUGUGCUGUCCACGCACAAUGUGCGCACGUGUCGCGUUGACUGCACCAGCGUGGCACCCGAUGCCGACUUUUCUGGAGUGCAUCGCCUCUUCUUCUGCGAUUGCGUGUUUCCCACAACGACAACACCCAUCACGCGUGGUGAUGGUGGUGGGUAUGGGCAUGAAGGUGGCGGCUGCGUGCGCUUUGAGGACUGCACAACCGAUGAUGACCAGCGCAUGCCUGAGCGCACGCGCUCGUAUUAGGGCUGGUGUGUGUGUGUGUGUGUGUGUGUGU